GAAAGAGCCCUUCAAAAAUCCACUUUGACUAUGGCAGACCCUUCAGCUGGUUGGUGGAAGUUGACCUUCCUUCGCAAGAAAAAGGCUGAAUCUAAAGUUCUGUAUGAAAUUCCUGCUGAAUUUGGCAACAACACGGGCAACAAAGACUCUGGGGUGCCCCCUGGUGGUGAUCCUGAAGAAAGUCAGUUCAAUGCCCGGCUGGAAAAGAUAGUGGACAAGACAGCCACUAAGGGGCGCCAUGUCAAGGUCUCGCACUCCGGCCGUUUCAAGGAAAAGAAGAAGAUCCGUGCCACGUUGGCUGAAAACCCCAACCUGUUUCCUGAGAAGGCUCCAGCUGAUGAGAAUCACAGGUCUGAAAAAUAGCACCGGUAUAAAAGCAUGAAUCAGUCAUCUUUGAAUUCGCACAAACACAUAUUCACAAACAUGCAGAUAUAUGUGUAUAUACAAAGGUAUCUAUAAUUAUUUGGCACACAUUUGCUUAUUAAAACAAGGUUACAUAGAUAACGUAAAAAUAAUGGACUUGAUAAACACGCACCUAAACUCAACAUGCAAAAUAAGUUCUUUUCGCACACACGGAUGCAAAACCUCUUUCGCUACAUACGACAUAUGCAUCCAAAAGCAAGCUGUGUGGUUAUAGGUUGGCUGCUUUAUCAAUGAAAACCCACAAGCCGGGAUAUUUAUAGCAGUUCUAUUUAAAAUGUUAUAUACUAUUUAUACAAAAAGAGAGAAUUCUGUUUUUCUUUCAACAAAUUACUGUUACCCUUUUAUAUUUUUCACUGAAGGGAUGAACUAAUUGUAUGAAAGGUAGAAUAUGCAAAUUGUUUUAAGCUUAAAUUUUAAAAAGGUGCCACUGCUGUAGUUUUCGCAGAAUCAGUCUAACUGCUGUUCUUUUUCACCUGAUGCAUGCGGAGCGUGAAGUAAUAUUUACAGCAGGCGUUAAGUUGGCUGGAGCCGCAUCAGCCAGUGCUUAUGAGAGCAGCAAGAGAAUUGUGUUUCAAUCAGCAUCCAAACUGUAACUUUAAAACUAUCAUUUUCACUCAUCUUGCAUUAAGCUGUUCUCAGCUUUUAAAGUACUUAUGAAUUCCAGCCAAAUUGUUGCUGUAAACUUGCUUUAUCACUUACACGUUUGCUCUGGCAAUUGUGCUAUGAAUCAGUGAAGCUAUUGAGUGGUUGUCCAGAACAUCUGAAAAGUGAAUUUGAUGUUCAGUGUACGUACAUGUCCAUCUGUAUGCAAUAUAUGCACUAAUUUAUGCUUGCAUAAAUUUUCCUGGGAAUCUAUAUACAUGAUCACAGACUCUCGUACUUGUAUACUUCUAUAAAAUGACUGACUGUAAAUAGGUGGUCCCCAGUUUUGUUUUUGUUUGUGAUUUUUUUUGUGAAUAAAUUUGUAUAUAUGUGAGAUGGAGAUUAGAGCAAUACUUGUCAAAUCAUUAAAAUGACUGUUCGUGACAUCCUAGAAUAUAUACAAGUUGUAUUAUAAAUAAACUGGCAUCAACACUAGAAAAAAAUGCCAGUACUUAUAUAGAAUCUAUGUUUUGAUUGAGGAAUUUGGGUGUUUUUGAUUACAGCAAAAAAAAAACCCACAGUAGAAUGAAGACCUUGAAACUUGGCGUGGCAGCUGGUCAUUCAACAAAUGUGAGCCGAACUAACCAGGUUAAGGUUACUUGUAGUUUGUUUGAGGAUCCAGGGCAAUUGAAAAUAGCAUUUUUAUAACUUUGUAUGUAACGUCUGCAUUUUGGAAACUAUUCUGAAUGCACACUGGAUUAUUGUGGCUUGUGAUUCUCAGUAUAAUUUUCAGCAAUGAGUACUAGCAUUCCAUCAACUAACCCUACUCUCUUCUAAGCAAACCUAUAGUUUUUUAUGCAUCAUAUUUGAUCAUCUGUAGUCAUUCCCACGUCAGUGAUAGAAAGAAUGCAGAACGAAGCAUUUUUAUAUAUACGUAUAAAAAACUGCACAUUAUUGUUUUAUAUGCAAAAAAAAAAACUUAUUUUGCAUGUUUUAUAAAUAAAUGGGCUUUGAUUGCAA